AGAAUUUGUACAUUAAUCUCACCCUUAACUUUCCCUAUCAGAAAAUUUAGACGAAUUAGCACCAAUAGAACACUGGAAAUCGAUUCGCAAAUCACUUUCCCCUUUGAAAGAAAGAGCACUUUAGAAAAUGAUGGGUUUUUGUUGAAGGAACUGCAGUGGAUGAGAAUGGGAGCAAGGGUUUGAGAGAGAGAGAGACCUUGGCAGUGGUUUUGAAGUCGGCGUUGCGUCAAUUUUCGCAACAGGUUGAUCGUCGGAGGCGGGCCCGCUGGUGGUGGUGAUCGCCGGAGGUGGAGGUGAGGCCGGUGGUCGGACUCCUCCUCCUCUCUCUUUCUCUCUCUCUGUGUUCUGGAGCGUGGUAAUUUCGCGCGAGAAGAGGAUGGGUUUUUGGCAGCCGAUUCAAAAUUUUGAUUUUAGUUUUUGUUUUUAAACUUAAAGCUGACAUGGGGCCAGGCCACGCCAACUAUCAUGGGUUGGGGCUUUCCUGGGCUGUAGAUUGCAGAUCUAUAUACACAUCUAUAUACACACACAAGUCUGUCUCUCCUCAUUCGAACAGGUCGCCUCGUCCUCCGCCUGCCGCGACGGAAGCACCUUCUCGUCAGUGAACAACAUCCCUCCCUCCCGCGUCCGACCACCGCUGCCUUCGAGCUCCGCAUCGGAAGCACUGAACAACGCCACAUCGCCGAACCUCCGCUCGACCUGUAGGAACUCCUCCAACGGCGACGGCCGCUACUCGUCGUCACUGCACAGACUCCACCACCUCCGCUCCGCCACAGACUCCACCAUCUCCGCUUUUACGUUCACAAUUCCAUCGAAUCUGAAUUAGGGUUUGUAAUUAGUCCUCUCUGUAUGUUCGCAGAUUCGACAGAUCAACUUCCUCUCUCUCUUUCAAGCGAUCCUAGUUCACUGUAGUUAGUUAUGGGUUAGAUCCAGUACUCCGAGAAGUACUUCGACGACACCUUCGAGUACAGGCACGUGGUUCUCCCUCCUGAAGUGGCCAAACUGCUCCCCAAGAAUCGGCUCCUCUCUGAACAAAACCCCAAGCAAACAAUGGGACGGGAAGACCUAGCAAGGGAAGCCCUAAUCCUCCUUCGAAACAGACUCUGCAACCCUAGAUUCGUCUUCUCUCCUUUCGCCCACUCUCCCGACAGCAACUACAGCAAGUUGAAGUUCAUCGUAUCGAGCUCGGUCACUGAGGCAUCUAACAACUCUGUUCUGCUCCUCGGUCCACGAGGUUGCGGUAAAAAUGCGGUGUUAGAGCUUGUCAUUGAAGAGGUAUUGAAAGAAUAUCCCGGCACGAUAUCAGUGAUAAAGCUGAAUGGGCUUUUACACAGUGACGACAAUUGUGCACUCAAGGAAAUUGCUCGACAAUUAUGCAUGGAACAUCAACUGUUAUUCUCAAAAAUGGCAUCCUUUGAUGAUAACACCCAGUUCAUGAUAUCAAUGUUAAAGGAAUGUGGAUUAACACACAAAACAGUCAUUUUCGUACUGGAUGAAUUUGACCUCUUUGCCCAGGGUAAACAACGACUACUUUAUAGUUUGCUCGACGCAAUGCAAUCUCUAACUUCACAAGCUGUUGUAAUUGGUGUGAGUUCCCGACUGGAUGCUGAUCAGCUCUUGGAAAAAAGAGUGAGAUCUCGUUUCUCACAUAGGAAACUCCUGUUUCUUCCUCCAUCGAAGGAAGAUUUGCAGAGACUUCUAAAGCACAUUUUGGAGUUACCAAUAGAGUCAAGCCUUCCGCAUGACUAUGUUUCUGAAUUCAACUCAAGCGUUCUUAACAUACUAGCCGAUGAGAGAUUCAAACAACUUAUUGAUACAUUAACAACUUCUGAUUCCACAUGCAACCAUCUUUUGAAGUUUCUGUUUUCUGCUGUUCGUCAUAUGAAUGUGGAAACUGGGUUGUUGUCUAUUGACAACUUUAAAGCUGCACUUGCUAGCAUCCAAAGGCAGCCAAAGCUGGAAUGUUUAAAUGAUUGCUCCAUUCUUGAGCUCUAUAUACUAGUUUGCAUGAGGAGGUUAGAAGUAAAAGAGCAAGACUCGUACAACUUCAAUUCUGUAAUGAAAGAGUACAAAAGUAUACAUGAUUCAUUCCAGACAUCGGAUUACUAUUCUCGGAAUGUAUGCUUACGGGCAUUUGAGCACCUUCUUGCACGUGAAUUGAUCUCCUUUAUGGAUCAUAGAGGGCACAAUCAGUCUAUUGAAUUUCGCCCGGUGAAGCUUCUAAUCUCCUACCACGAACUAUAUCAAGGGUUAAAAUCGUAUCGCUCUUGUCCCGCAAUUCUUCAGAAACUAAUCGAUCGUGAAGGUUGAAACAGCUGAAGGGGAUUCAUUGAUGAUGUUGUUUAAGCUACAAGAUGAAGAACCACACGAUGUUGUCUGCUUCAGAUUUUUGUUUCAGAGACUUCAUCUGUUAUGUUGGGAUCACUGACAGUUUAACCAGUGGUUCUAGCACUCACCUAUAUGCCAUCCUCAAUGAGGGAAAUCAUCUUGAGUUGCAACAUUUUGGAAUGAUUUCCUUUCUAACGUCGUCUUUUUGUUUGUUUUUCCUUUUUAUGUACUAUUUUGUAUUAGAUUCCAAUGGUUACUUUUAGCCUUGUAAUAAAGAAAACAAGAAACAUGAUCAA